AUGGCCGUCGUGGAGCUUCUCAUCUCGCCCUGGGCCCCAGCCCUCUUAGUGGUGGGCUUGGUAGCCUACUAUAUCUACCCAUUCUUCGUCACAAACGGCAAGCUGCGUGGCAUCCCGGCGCCUUUCCCGGCGCAGUUCACCAAUUUAUGGUUGUUGGCCGUUGUUCGACGCGGAGACAGAUAUCUCACCGUCGACAAGAUCCACAAGGAGCUUGGUCCCGUGGUGCGGAUUCAGCCGAACCAUGUGAGCAUCGCAGACGAUGAUGCCAUUCAGACCAUCUACGGCCACGGAAACGGUUUCCUGAAGUCAGACUUCUACGAUGCCUUCGUCUCCAUCCGGCGGGGCCUCUUCAACACCCGGGACCGCCAUGAGCACUCCCGCAAGCGCAAGAUGGUCUCGCACACCUUCUCCGUCAAGUCCAUCAGCCAGUUUGAGCCCUACAUGCACGAGAACCUCGAGCUCUUCGUCAGGAAGUGGGACGAGCUCAUCAAGAACAGCCCUGCCGGCAAGGGCGCCACCAUCGACUGCCUCAAGUGGUUCAACUACCUCGCCUUCGACAUCAUUGGCGACCUCGCCUUCGGCGCCCCCUUUGGAAUGCUCAAGGCCGGCGCCGACAUCGCCGAGGUCCGCGAGUCCCCCAACAGCCCGCCCAUCUACGCCCCCGCCAUCGAGAUUCUCAACCGCCGCGGCGAGGUCUCGGCCACCUUGGGUAUCUAUCCCGACCUGAAGCCCUGGGCAAAGUACCUCCCCGACCCCUUCUUCAGCCAAGGCCUGGAGGCCGUGCAGAACCUCGCCGGCAUCGCCAUCGCCCGCGUCAAGGCCCGUCUGGACAACCCGCCCGACAUUGACCGUCUCGACCUCCUCGCCCGUCUGAUGGAGGGACGCGACGACAAGGGCGAGCCGCUGGGCAGGGAGGAGCUGACGGCGGAGGCGCUGACGCAGCUCAUCGCCGGCAGCGACACCACGUCCAACUCGUCGUGCGCCCUGCUCUUCCACGCCGCCAGGACCCCCGGCGUGCUCCAGAAGCUGCAGGCCGAGCUGGACGCCGCCAUCCCCCAGACCUGCGACGUGCCGACGUACGAAAUGGUCCGCGACCUGCCCUACCUCGGCAUGGUGAUCAACGAAGUCCUGCGACACCACUCGACGUCCGGCAUCGGCCUGCCGCGCGAGAUCCCCGCCGACUCCCCCGGCGUGACCAUCCGCGGCCACUACUUCCCUCCCGGCACCGUCCUCAGCGUGCCUUCGUACACGAUGCACCAUUCCAAGGAGAUCUGGGGCCCCGACGCCGACGACUUCCGCCCGGAGAGAUGGGAGUCGGUCACGCCGAGGCAGAAGAACGCCUUUAUCCCCUUCAGCCACGGACCCAGAGCGUGCGUGGGCAGGAACGUGGCCGAGAUGGAGAUGAAGCUUAUCGUUGCUACGUGGGCGAGGAGGUAUCGCGUCGAGCUGAGGCAGGAUUACAUGGAGACGAACGAGGGUUUCUUGAGGAAGCCUCUGGCGUUGGAUAUCAACAUUCAGAGAAGGUAG